CCGCUGUCAACAGCGACGUGUUGUUAUUGGUUUUGUUUUUCUUUUCUUCGCCGUACCAAAUUUGACAGCUUGCGGGGUGCAGAACGAAUUUUGUUGCGAAGAAAUCUUCGCUGAUCGCGGUUUAUUUUGUUUCCCGCACCCGUAAUCGGUAAUCCUCAUCGCCACCGGGCACAAUGGCUUCAUCCGAAACUGGGGGCGUUAAGCCGAUGUCCAUCACGGGCCGUAUGGUCCGUGAGCGGGAGCGGCUGCUCGGCAUGAGCCCCGAAGAACGUGCCUGGAGAGCGCAGUGGCUGAAGGAUCAGCAUCUGUCCCCGAACGAACCGAAGUACGUGCCGGAGUACUGGAAGGAGCGAUACAAUCCGAUUCGUCGCGCUUACCGUGCUCCACUGAACAUGGUCCAGAACGUCCUUACGCCGGUUAUUGGUCUUGAAUGGGCACACGCCAUUCGUUUCUGGACGGGCAAGAUCGCAUUGAGUGCGUUCGUUGUUCUCUCGACUGCCUACUAUUUCAAGUACAAUCAGAAUGAUUGGACUCGCAAGGGUGGCUGGCGAGUGAUUCACUCGCGUGAAGCGGUUGUUCCAGGAGAUCCAGGCUACCCGAACUUCCCGAAGCGCGAUUCUGCGGCCGACUACGCUGCCAGAGGCUUCAAGCAGUCGCCCAUCUAAAUGUUUCUGAGUCGUAACAUAUUAAGUGGAGGAUUUGCAUGUAGAUAAUAAAUAACGAAACGGCACGAUGCUAAUAAAGCACUCUUUUCCUUGGGGUUGAUAUGAUAAACUGAA